AUGAAGCACCACCUCAUGGUAGGGACAUGGACCCCACCAGGCAUCAUUGUUACGGUCGAGUUCGACGACGAGGCGUUAAGCUUAAAAGUCACUAAGAAGACAGAGAUUCCUCAAAAUGAGCCCAUUUCAUGGAUGACCUUCGACCACAGGAGAAUGAACAUCUACGGCGCGUCGAUGAAGAAAUGGUCUAGUCAUGUAGUCACGAGCCCCUCUGAAAUUGUUCACAGCUCUUCGCACCCCAUGGGCGGUCAUCCGAAGGCAGCAGAAGCAGACACUGGAACGCGCGCAAUUUUUGUUCUCGCGGCUAAGAAACCGCCCUACUGUGUAUACGGAAACCCAUUCUACGACUACGCUAACUACGGCAAUGUCUUCAGUGUCAAGGAAGAUGGCAGUAUAGACAAGCACAUUCAAGACUAUGAAUACUGUGAUAAGUCUGCGAUCCACGGCAUGGUGUUUGAUCCCACAGAAACUUAUCUAUAUUCUGCAGACAUGUGGGCCAACCGACUGUGGUGCCACAAAAAGCACAAUGAUGGAACGGUGGAACUGGUUGGCAGUGUGGAUGCACCAGCGAAAGGCGAUCAUCCAAGAUGGGUAGAAAUACACCCCAGUGGGAAGUAUCUGUAUGCCUUGAUGGAGGCUGGGAAUCGAUUGUGCGAGUAUGUAAUCGACGAGAAGACGCGAUUGCCGGUGUAUACGCAUAAAAGCUAUCCACUGAUACCUCCCGACAUUCCCAACCCCAAAAUGUACCGCAGCGACGUAGUCUUCCUCACUCAAUCCAGCCAAUACCUGUUCGCUACCUCGCGGGCAAAUUCCUUUGAUCUAACAGGCUACAUCGCCGCUUUCAAGGUCAAUGCGGAUGGAGUGAUUGAGCGCCAGAUUUGUCUCAACCCUACGCCGACAAGCGGUGGUCAUUCAAACGCUGUCAGUCCUUGCCCCUGGACAGAUGAAUGGCUCGCUUUGACCGAUGAUGAGAAAGGGGGUAUUGAGAUAUAUAGAUGGCAUAAGGAGUUUUUGGCUCGAGUGGCGAGGCUGGAGAUUAAGGAGCCGGGCUUUGGAAUGAAUGCGAUUUGGUAUGAUUAA